AUGCGCUGUGCGUGUCCCUACCUCGCAGUGGCUGUGAAAAGGGGCAGUACGGUCACCUUUAACGUCAACCCAGCCGAGUUGGAGCGCAUACAGAUUCUUCGUUCCCGUGCACAGACGCUUCCGCUGGCAGUGGCAACGGAGGAGUUUGUGCCGUACGGCUAUGCUAACCGUAAGACAAAACUUAAGGGAUCAGAUGUCCUUUUCGACGAGAACUUGGACUUCGCAACCCAUCUUCAAGAACAAUAUGCCAUAGCUGAUGCCCUCGCUCUUAGUGUGAAACUCGAUGUCUGGGAAGAUCAACAAGAUGAGUACAUGGAGAAUAUGCGCUCAAUCUCCCGUGCUAUGAAGCUUGGCAAAGGAUUGAUUGUGGGAAUGAAACAGAUGCUACGCACGACGGGCGAGCUACAGUCCCUUCGUCACGACAUCAAUUUAAGUUCGAGUUUGAGAACGCCAGCCGAUGUCUAUUGGGAUCGUCCAGAAAUGGAGCUGCUUUAUCUGCGCAUGCGGUCUCAAUUGGACAUCCACGACCGCACGAGCGUGCUCAAUGAGAAGCUAACAUACAGCAACGAGUUAGCGGAGAUCCUACGCGGAUACGUGGCGCAGAAGCACGCGCUGCACACGGAACUGGCUAUAAUAGGGCUGAUUAUGGUGGAGGUUGUGUUCGAGGCCUUCCAUUGGGUGGAUAGGUUUGGCUACUUGCCGGGGGCGUGACAGGACGUGUAAGGAUGGAGGGAUACCGAUGAUAAUUAUUAGCAACGCGGAAGAUAGGGAAUAAAUGAAUGUAGAUGCCAGCGGAAGUCCCUCGCGCAUAGUAAACUCAUAGUCAGCUGCCCUGAAAUACAAUCGAGGUCGAUUCCAGACCUAAAUCGGGGAUAGAACUUUAAGUUUUAUGAAUCAGACAG